GACAAAAUAUUAAGUCAGAAUUAUCGUAAUAAUGUACAAAUAUGUAUAAUAUUGUGGUUUAUGUCUCGAUUUAUAUUUGUACAUCGUGUAUAUUGAGGUCUCAGUCAGUGUUGGGUGCGUUCUAAAUUGACUCGGAUCAUUAAAGUGUACGUGAAGAGAAAGUGUGUGCGUUCCAAAUUGAAUAUGUAUUCUCCCUAGAGCACUUGCUUGCUGAGUAGAACCACCGCUGUUAGUGUGUUUUAAACUGUUUCAAACCUGUUUGUUUUUCCAGUAGCUGCUUCGUUCUGAUCAGGGCUGCGGUGGGUCUGGUGCCACUCAGAAACACUGGAAGUGUUUGGGCAGCAGGGACUGACAGUCUGGUCAGGAUUAUUCAAAAAAAUGGAUGGUCUGGUGCUCCAGUGAUACAGCAGUCAAGUCCAAAACUACUUUGUGGUGGGGUGCAGACAUGUAAAGCACGGCAUGGUUUUCUUUAUGCGGGUUCUGUGAGAAUCUACUGCUGGCUGGUGUAAAGAAGUGACCCCAAGCAUCACUGGAAUGCUGAACAUCAAUGUCCAGUUCAUGCAGCCAGCCAAUCAGAAGCUGCGUUGAUACCUACCUGCUCAGUCAUUGAUCAUUGAUGAGAUCUGAAGCCGGCUUUCACUUCUGAAUAAUUGAACUAGUUGUUUCGCUAACGCUUCAGUUAAAGGUGUGUUGGGUGGGUGAGCGAUGCUCGGUCGAGGAUGGGACACGCCCUGUGUAUCUGCUCUCGCAGUACCAUCACCAUCGACGCCAAGAAGUACUACUUCGUCCAGAAACUCGACGAGGGGGGUUUCAGCUACGUGGACCUGGUGGAAGGGGUUCAGGACGGCCGCCUCUACGCCCUGAAGCGAAUCCUGUGCCAUGACGCCGAGGCCACGAAGGAGGCGCAGACGGAGGUGGAGAAUCACCGACUCUUCAACCACCCGAAUGUCCUGAGUCUGACCGGCUCCAGCUUCGUGGAGAGGGGGGGGAAGACCGAGGCCUGGAUCCUCCUGCCCUACGUCAGCAAAGGGAGUCUGUGGUCCGUGCUGGAGAGGCUGAGGGACAAGGGCGGCUCCAUGCCCGAGGGUCGGGUCCUGCACGUCUUCCGCGGCAUCUGCGAGGGUCUCAAAGCCGUCCACGAUGGAGGAUACGCCCACAGGGACCUGAAGCCCACCAACGUUCUUCUGGAGGAGAACGACCGUGCCGUCCUGAUGGACCUGGGCUCCAUGAACAGAGCCCGUAUCGAAGUCAGAGGAUCCAGAGAGGCCAUGAGCGUCCAGGACUGGGCGGCUCAGAGGUGCACCAUCUCCUACAGGGCGCCGGAGCUCUUCAACGUCCAGAGCCACUGCGUCAUCGAUGAAAAAACUGACAUCUGGUCGUUAGGGUGUGUCCUGUACAGUAUGAUGGUGUUGGAGGGACCGUACGAUAUGGUGUUUCAGAAGGGCGACAGUGUUGCUCUGGCUGUUCAGAACCCCGUCACCAUUCCAAAACCCUGCAGUUACUCUGUGGAGCUGCAGACGCUCCUGAGCUCCAUCAUGGUGAGCAACCCUCAGGAGCGGCCCGACGUCGACUGGGUCCUGGAGAGAACGAGGAACCUGCAGAGCUCCGACGGGGGAGCCGUGGAGACCGACCGGGUAUGACCAAGAGAGAGGGCACGUGUCAGCUUCUCAAUCUGGACUGUGAUCUUCUGUGCGUCUGGAGCUCACCUGCACGUUUUACCUCGGUGAGAACGGGUUACGCUCGCGCUUCCUCGCGGCUCAGCUUACUAGCCACGAAACGGACCAAACCCGAUCGGGUAGCGCCCAUCUGAGGGCGUUUCCACACCUCCACACUCGUUUUAUGCUCCUGGGUCCAGCUGAGUUCUGCUUUAAGCCCUUUUUCCGUCCCAUGUGCUGAUUAAAGCGGCGUUCGGGUGGCGUGGCGGUCUGUUACGCUAGUUUCUGAGAAACGGUUGGAGUCUGGUCUGGCGUUUACAGACGCUGUGUCUGAGGGAGGGCUGGUCGUAUGAAGUAUGGCGACAGCGACACCUCCUGUUUUACUAAAUUUGGACGUAAUCAAAUCCCAUGGACACUCUGGUGCCCUCUGGCGCCCUCUGGCUGUGGCACAGUGCCCACGCAGGACGGUGGGUUCUUACACACUUUCAUCUCUGUGUUGUUCCACCGCCAGACAGCAGGCGUCGCUGUUGAGAAAGGAGGCGACACCGAUUUCUGAGACCCACUUUUGUAGCUUGGCCUCCUGACUUCUCUGUUUCUGUAUUAAAGCACCUCAUUAAAACCUUAUCCUACACUUCAUAUCAUCAUCAUCAUGAAACGAAGCUGAAACUCUUAUUUUAAACACAGUGGACAGAAUUUAGAGAAACUCGGGCGUCAUUUUUAUUAUUUAGUCUUUAAAUCCGGCCAGAAUGAAAGUCGGCGCGUCUCCUUCCGUUGGUGCAGACAGAACGUGUGCUGGACUGAGUCGUGUUCUCCAAUCCAUUCUCGGUGAACGUCCGGUUAUAUUUGGGACCGAAUUCUGAUAUACUAAUUUUAUUGUUUUAAUUAUUGAUGUUUUAUGUGAGGAUUUUAAUUUGCAAUAAAUUUGUGAGGUUGUUUGAUGUGAAAUAAAUUUUUAUGUAUUUCAACAAGGAA